CCCGCACUUAGCAACCCGUCUUGCGUCAGUCUCAGCUCCUGCGGUCGCCUGCGGGCUCUUUCUCGCCAAACGUCUGCUGCGGGGGCUGGCCCGGACCCGGGAAGGACCAAAGGGGACCCAGCGUGUCCCCACGGCGGCUGCAAGAGGAUCUAAGCAUGGAUGGCAGCCGGAGAGUUUUAGGAGCAAAGGACUAAUCCAUAGUCAUUAUGUAUACCUGCCCUUGACUGAAUACUCUGGGUUAAAAUGGACAUCCCUGUGGAACAAUUGGAGCCAUAUAGCUUUAAAUCUCUAGGAGUCAGCCCAGUCCAAAUAAUCUUCAUCUUCACACUUUCUGAGCGAGUCAGAGCAACCUCUGUCCUUCCCAGAUAUGGUCCACCCUGCCUAUUUAAAGGACACUUGAGCACCAAAAGUAAUGCUUUUUGCACUGACUCCUCCUCUCUCAGACUGAGUACCCUCCAACUGGUCAAGAAUCACAUGGCUGUUCACUAUAAUAAAAUCCUUUCAGCCAAAGCUGCAGUAGACUGCUCAGUUCCACUAAGCAUGAGUGCCAGCAUCAAAUAUGCAGACCAACAACGAAGAGAGAAACUCAAAAAGGAAUUAGCAUGGUGUGAAGGGGGAUUGAAAUUAACUAAAACUGCAAUGAGAUCCAAUUCUAAAAGUAAUUCCAAGUCAUUACUUAACACUCUACAAAAGCCUCCAGGAGAACGACAAGAUGAAGAUGCUAUGUUAAUCGAAGAAGUGAAUGGAUUUCCAUCCUUUAAAAGGUCACCAGUAACUUCUUCAGAGCGACUACACUUAAAUCCACCUAAAUCCGAUAAAGUCCUCACAAAUGGUACUGAGAAGAACUCCAGUUCCUUCCUGUCCAGCACGGAUUAUGCUGCCUCUGGGCCCAGGAAAUCAUCCUCUGGAACCUCCUACGGCAGAAGGCCCCGGGGCACAUCCCUAAAUUCCCAGCGGUUUCAGUUAGUUUUUUCAAAAGCACCCAGUGGGGACCUUUUGGAUAAACAUUCUGAACUCUUUUCUAACAGACAUUUGCCAUUCACCCCACGCACUUUAAAAACAGAAGCAAAAUCUUUCCUGUCACAGUAUCGAUAUUAUACACCUGCCAAAAGAAAAAAGGAUUUUACAGAUCAGCAGAUAGAAGCUGAAACGCAGACUGAAUUAAGCAGCUUUCAAUCUGAUUUUGAGACAGUUGAGAUUAAGAACUUCACAGAUUCAGAAAUGAACAUAAAGCAGGCAUCUAGCUGUAUGUCGUAUGCUACCAAAGGAAAAAUAACCCCUUUACCUUUACAAGGGCAUGAAUUACCACGGGAUGAGGUUAAAGACAGUGCUCUUCAGUGUUCCUCAUCAAGGGCAGUAUGUCAGUGUUCCCUGCAGCCUCCUUCAGGGAGAAAAAUCUGUUCUGAUAAAGAAGAACUGUUGUAUCUGAGUUUCAUUGAAGAUGUAACAGAUGAAAUUUUGAAACUUGGCUUAUUUUCAAACAGGUUUCUAGAACGACUGUUUGAGAGACAUAUAAAGGAAAAUAAACAUCAUUUGGAGGAGGAAAAAAUGCGCCACCUGCUACAUAUCCUAAAGGUGGACUUAGGCUGCAUGUCCAAGGAAAACUCAGUAAUGCUAGAUGAUGUUGGUAUGUUGCAUUUACUUGAUUUUGAAAAGGCUGAGAAUUCAGAACAAAAUGAAUAUAAAAAUGAACAAGAUUUAGCCGUUCAACAGGAACGUCAAGAAUACCAAAAAGCUUUGCCUAUGUUAUUGUCUGUUCCAAAGGAUGAGAACAAGAUAGUCUCUUCACCAAAUGAAAUUUUCCUACCUGUCUAUAAAUCAGAGUCUUCAGAAGGGGUUAUAAUUCCACAGGUAAAUGAUGAAAUGAAUCUUGGAACUUCAUUUGGGGAUGAAAAAAAUGUAAGUAUGUCAGACGGUUUACUAGACCAAGAAACUUCUUUGAAUGUCAUUGACGGAGACAGUGACAACGAAAAAGUUGAGACUUCAAAUGAAUUGUGUUGUUUUAGCACAGCACCCUCCCCAUCUGUUCAGUUAUGCAGUGUCACAGAUGGUAAUCAGGACAUGGAAGGACCAACUCUUAAAAUCAUGGAAAUGAGCAUUGAGGACUGAUCUUUGGAUGCUUGAUCUUCAUUAAUAAAUAUCCCAAAUGGCCAAUAACUCAAUAUUCCUUUCACUUUUUUUUUACUUUUUUAUAUUAAGAU